UUUUACGUGAUAGUUGUUCUCUUUUCUUCACCCAUUUUGGCAAUUCCUAGUGGUCGAACGGAGUUAACUUAUCCAUUUCUGGAAACAUUAAGAUCUGGAGAGAAAAUAUUGACACUGCGUACCUUCGGCAAUGAUAUAGAAUUGAAACUGGAACCGGCUGGCGAUGUCAUUGCCGAUGAUUUCACUGUUAUGGACGGAAAUGGAAAAAUUCAUAAAACUGAUGUGAAAAACUUAAAAAGCAAGCUGUUUAGAAAUAAAGAAAAGGAUGCAGCUCUGUACAUCAAUGAGGAAGGACCUUUGAAAAUUAAAGGAAUGUUAACUUCCAAAUUGAGAAUCGAGCCUUAUGAAUCGCAAGAUACAGUCAGAGAUGGAAUCAAAGCUCAUCGUAUUACAGAAACUUUAGUAGAAACAAAGCGUUUUAAUGAUGCAGGUAUAAGAGUAAUUGGUGAAAAAAAUAAUGUUGGCUGGAUCUUUGAUAAUUUAUUAGGAUUAUCAUAUUUUGGAGGAACAUGUGAUCCUUGCAGAAAAUAUGGAGCAAUUGUAGACUUAGAUAAACUUUCCGAUACAGCCUCUAUAGUGGCUCACGAAUCAGCUCAUCUUAUUGGAAGUCCUCAUGACGGAGCGGGAGUUAAUUUAAGCCUGCCUGGCAGUCCUGAAGCCGACAAAUGUCCUGGAUCUGAUGGAUUUUUUAUGGGAAGCGAUUCCGGAAAAAACCGAAGGAAGUUUUCUACUUGUUCACUCGAAAAUAUUAAAUUUUUCUUAAAGUAA